CAGGAGGGAGGGGAGCUGGAAGCGCGGCCGGGAUAUCACCAUAACAUACGGGGAGGGGGGGGCAAAAUUGUCCUUUUUUACAAACAGUUUUCCUCAUCUGAAAGGGAUGUUUGCAAUCAACAUGUCUGCAGAAACAGAAGUAGCUGCUGUCGCCAACUGGUGACCGCUUCUUCUUCUUCUUAUUCUUCUUCUUCUUCUUUUUUAAAAAACGUCCUCAGACAGUGCAGAGAAGCUGAUCAGACCCGGUGAAAGUCUCACCUUUACACCCCGCGAGGACUGAGCAGGUUAAUCCUAAAGGCCACGAGCAUGCCCGUCAACGACCCCGAGAGCAUACUGAGCUACCAGAGGCCAGAUGAGGAGGUGGUGGUAGACCAGGGAGGCACAAGCUCAGUGCUGAACAUCCACUAUGAGAAGGAGGAACUAGAAGGCCACAGGACUCUGUUUGUCGGGGUUCGGAUGCCGAGGCAGAGCCAUCGUCACCACAAGGCCCAUGGCUCUCGCCACCGCAAGAGAGACAGAAAGUCAGGAAGUAUCUCUAUACAACAGAGCGAGGGAAGUGAGACGACCACCUCCACUCAUGACACGCCGUCCCAGAGGGUCCAGUUCAUUCUGGGCACAGAGGAGGAUGCUGAACAUGUGGCCCACGAGCUGUUCACUGAGCUGGAUGAGAUCUGCGUGAAGGAUGGCAAGGAUGCUGAGUGGAAGGAAACAGCCAGGUGGCUGAAGUUUGAGGAGGACGUGGAGGACGGCGGGGAGAGGUGGAGCAAGCCCUACGUUGCUACCCUCUCCCUCCACAGCCUGUUUGAGCUCCGCAGUUGCAUCAUCAAUGGCAGCGUGCUGCUUGACAUGCAUGCUGACUGCAUCGAAGAGAUUGCCGACAUGGUGCUGGACCACCAGGAGGCGUCCCAUGAGCUGGACGACAGUGUGAGGGUUAAAGUGCGCGAGGCUCUGCUGAAGAGACACCACCACCAGAACGAGAAGAAGAAGAACCUGAUUCCCAUCGUACGCUCCAUCACAGAGGGAACCCGCAAACAGUCAGAGCCCCAUCUGACAGCCACAUCUCCCCAGCCUCCUCCAGCUACAGAACAAGCUAAAAACGGUGCUGGACAGGACGGCACUCAGGUGGACCUCAGCAAGGUGGACCUACACUUCAUGAAGAAGAUCCCAGAGGGCGCAGAGGCCUCAAAUGUGUUGGUGGGAGAGCUGGACUUCCUUGAGAGGCCCAUUGUGGCCUUCGUCCGCCUCUCCCCUGCUGUGCUGCUCACCGGCCUCACUGAGGUGCCCAUACCUACCAGGUUCCUCUUCAUUCUCCUGGGCCCAGAUGGAAAGGCUCAGCAGUACCAUGAAAUUGGACGCUCCAUGGCAACCAUCAUGACAGAUGAGAUCUUCCACGAUGUAGCGUACAAGGCAAAGGACAGAAGUGACCUGCUGGCAGGGAUAGAUGAAUUCCUGGACCAGGUGACUGUCCUACCACCAGGGGAGUGGGACCCCUCCAUCCGCAUUGAGCCUCCUAAAAGUGUCCCCUCUCAGGAGAAGAGAAAACAGCCCGGAGUCCCUAAUGGUACAGCCUGCCAGGUAGAGGAAGAACUACAUGCUGAGCACCAUGGGCCAGAGCUGCAGAGAACUGGAAGGUUGUUUGGUGGUCUGAUACUGGACAUCAAAAGGAAAGCUCCUUUCUACCUGAGCGACUUUAAGGACGGUCUGAGCCUCCAGUGUGUGGCCUCUUUCCUCUUCCUCUACUGUGCCUGCAUGUCUCCUGUCAUCACCUUUGGAGGACUGCUAGGGGAGGCCACAGAGGGACGCAUUAGUGCCAUUGAGUCCUUAUUUGGUGCAUCUAUGACUGGGGUGGCCUACUCUCUGUUUGCCGGUCAGCCUCUCACCAUUCUGGGCAGCACAGGUCCUGUGCUGGUUUUUGAGAAAAUUCUCUUCAAGUUCUGCAAGGACUACGACUUGUCCUAUCUGUCGCUGAGGACCUGCAUCGGCUUGUGGACGGCCCUGCUGUGUUUGGUGUUGGUUGCCACAGACGCAAGCUCUCUGGUGUGCUACAUCACUCGGUUCACAGAGGAGGCCUUUGCUGCCCUCAUCUGCCUCAUCUUCAUCUACGAGGCUUUAGAGAAGCUGUUCCAUCUGGGAGAAAUCUACCCUUUCAACACACACAGCGAUCUGGACAAACUCACACUGGCAUACUGCAGGUGUGCAGAACCUGAUAAUCCCAGUAAUAAAACCUUAGAGCUGUGGAGUGAGAGAAACGUGACAGCAUCUGCUGUAUCCUGGGCAAACCUUUCUGUCAAGGAGUGUAUCAGUCUGCAGGGCCACUUUGUUGGGACGGCGUGUGGCCACCAUGGCCCCUACACCCCAGAUGUUCUCUUCUGGUCUACCAUCUUGUUCUUCUCGACCUUCUUCAUGUCUGCCUUUCUCAAGCAGUUCAAAACUAGCCGUUAUUUCCCCACCAAGGUGCGCUCAAUGAUCAGUGACUUUGCAGUGUUCCUCACCAUUGUCAUCAUGGUUCUGCUUGACUAUGCCAUUGGAGUGCCCUCCCAGAAGUUGAAGGUGCCCAGCAAAUUCCAGCCCACCAGAGAUGAUCGAGGUUGGCUUAUCAAUCCAAUAGGACGCAACCCAUGGUGGACAGUCUUGGCAGCCUCUAUCCCUGCUCUUCUCUGCACCAUCCUUAUCUUCAUGGACCAGCAGAUAACUGCCGUCAUCAUUAACCGCAAGGAGCACAAACUGCUGAAGGGUUGUGGGUACCACCUCGACCUGUUGAUGGUGGCGGUGAUGCUGGCGGUGUGCUCCAUCAUGGGCCUGCCCUGGUUCGUGGCGGCCACGGUCCUGUCCAUCUCUCACGUCAACAGCCUGAAGCUGGAGUCAGAGAGCUCGGCUCCUGGGGAGCAGCCUCGCUUCCUGGGCAUCAGAGAGCAGAGGCUCACUGGCCUGGUCAUCUUCCUGCUCAUGGGCUGCUCUGUAUUCAUGACUGGAGCCCUGCAGUUCAUUCCUAUGCCAGUGCUGUAUGGUGUUUUCCUUUACAUGGGAGUAUCAUCAUUAAAAGGCAUCCAGUUCUUUGACCGUCUGAAGCUGUUUGGCAUGCCAGCGAAGCAUCAGCCAGACUUCAUCUACCUGCGCCACGUCCCCUUGAGGAAGGUGCACCUGUUCACGCUCACUCAGCUCACCUGUCUGGUGCUGCUCUGGAUCAUAAAGACUUCGCCCGCUGCUAUCAUCUUCCCCAUGAUGGUACUGGCUCUGGUUUUCAUCCGCAAACUGCUGGACCUCUGCUUCUCUAAGCGAGAGCUGAGUUACCUGGAUGACUUAAUGCCUGAAUGGAAGAAAAAAAAUCUUGAUGAUGCCUCCAAAAAGAUAGAAGAGGAAUCACAGGUUAUGCUCAGCGCUAAGCAGGAAGAUUCAGCCACUGUUCAGAUUCCCAUGGAGAGCAGCAAGCCUGUUCAGACCCUAAAAGCACAUGACCCCAGGUGUGACCCCUCUGACAUUAAUAUAUCUGAUGAAAUGUCUAAAACCACUGUGUGGAAAUCCCUCAACUCCAAUCCAAAGGACUCUCGUCCUGUGGCUGCUAAGAAGGAUUGAGGGGAUCGCGUUCAUAGACGAGUAAAGGACGUCCACAGUCCUAGCAGACUUGAUUGCAUUACUUGACUGUAGUUCUGGACCACAGGAUGCUGCAAUUUGGCUGCCUCAACCGUCAGCCACUUCAGUGCUUAGGGAAGUCUUGAUGAUUUCUACCAGCUGCCCACAACACAUAGUCCACAAACACUCAGACUAAGACAAGGGUGCAUUACACUUGCCUAUAGAUAGACAUAUGCAUACACUUUCUUUUAUCUUUGUGAGGACUUAAAAUAUCAACUGUAUUUAAAAUCUUAUUCUCCCAAACCAAAGCCCUAAAAUUAGAACUAAUGCUAACUGUGCUAGCCCUAACCUCAGCCACCUUGCCCAUCAUUAUCAUCUUGGCUUGAGGCUUUAUUUUCAUUUUAACACCCCCAUCGGUGGUUAGUCCUAACCUCAGUCUUAACCAGCUGGCCAGUGGCCUCUCAACUAUCAUCAUCCUCUACUUUCAGCCACUAGACAGGGAAGAGGAAAGCCAUUAGUGACGAGUGCUAGUCAGCGCACUGCCGUCGGCUUUCCAUCUAGUUGUGAGAUUGAAGGAUGAUAUAAAGGAUGAAACCUCAAGCCUUUCUCUUUUGUAACAGUAUUCACCUGUGAGAAUCUGAUACUAUUGAACAGCUCACUUAAUUAAUUUAAAGCAGUGAGACAGACUCUGAUAAUGUAAUCUGGGGACAAAUACUGGAGCUGCUCCACCGACAGUAAAUAAUGAAACAACUGCAAGGACAUUGUGACAGCUGCCAUGGUUAUUUCACUGAGAGAUGUGAUUCAAAGCUAGAAGCCUUACAUUCAUAUGAAACUCAUUUGGAUGUAACAUCCCAAGCAGCCUUACAACCUAGCCAGUCAGUAAAUCGGUCAGUCAGUUUCAGUAUUUCAUUGUCACUAGUCUGUCUUCAAAAACGUCUGGAUGGUUGUUUGUCUUAUCAACUUUACAACCCUACAUCACUGAAAUGCCCCAUUGUAAAUUCCCUUGUUGAGCUAGCCAUAGCCAUUGCUGUAAACUGAUCUCAAGCACUGAAAUAAACCAGGAACAGUAAAGCCACUCUAUUAGGUGCACCUAGCUAAAACCAAUGUAGUCUAAUACAGUAGCCUUGCAAUAAAUCCUACCUUCAUGGUGGUAAUAAUGCUCAGUAUUCACUAAUUUAGGCUGUAGUUUCUGGUGCUGUUGAACUGCACUGUGGGAAGUGUCUAACCCAUUUAUAUCAGUGGAAACAGACUAAAGACUGCAUUAGUUUUAGCUAGGUGUAGUGGCAGUGGAGUGUAAUGUGAGAACCAAUACAGAUGUCCCCAAGUUUUUUGGCUUUGGUCCACACAAAGAUAGAAGAGCAUGCACACACCCUCACACAGAUACAUACACACAGACAAUAACAACAACAACAACCUCUCUACUCCCAUUUUUUUCUUUUCGUCAGUCACAACACCCAGGUUUCACCUCUCAACCAUAUAUUUAUCUGGGCUAGAUAACAGAGCAUUAAUGCUCCUUUAAAAACAAACCAGGUUCUUUUUAUUAAUCUAAUAAGGUUUGUUACUCGUCAUUCCUUAAAUCUGCUAAAGUCUCUUUUUAAUUUAUGUGCCAUGAGUGUGUUCUUUUUAAAAAAAAAAAAAAUAAAUAGUGAUAUGGUCAGUUAUUUGGUAGAUUUUAAAAAUACAUUGCAGGUUCAGUAAUACAUAGACAAAUCCUCUUUUGGGGCAUAAAACUUUGUGUCAGUUUUGUGUGAUGGUGUAAACUGAAAACUGUAAAUGUCAGAAGACCCACUUCAGCUAAAGCAGUGGCAUCAAUAACAUGUUUUUUUGAGGUGUAAUCUUUUCUCUUUACGGAUGUUGAUUGUUGGAUGGAGGUUGUUCAACCAAAUGUUUGUCAUGUGUUAGUACUGUCUUAUUUCUUUACCUCAGACAAGAUCAUGAAUGCUAAUGCAAGGUACUUUGGAUGACGUCAGGUCAACAGAAACUAGAGCAGAUAACUGGUGUUUGUGUGUGUGUGUGUGUGUGUGUGUGUGUGUGUGUGUGUGUGUGUGUGUGUGUGUGUAUGUGUGUGCCUGCCUUUGAGUAUCAGGAAAAUAAUAGCUAGCUUUGUUUUUUGGGGGGCUACAGGAUUUUCUUUUAAGCAAUAAUUUCCCCCAAAUCCAACCCAAAUUUGACCAUACUAUAACUCUUUAUUUAGAGUUUUGGUCCUUUUGUACCAGUGCAAUCUUUAUCCAUCCCUUGGUGGAAAAGGAAAGUUGUAACAUCUGAAGCCUACAACACUACAUGUGCCAAAAAGAAGAUUUCAUCACUUACACGUGACUGAAAACAGAUAUUUUGACAUCGACAUUUCCAUUCUUUAUGCUGUUUUCUGACAUGUCAGUUUCGACAAACAAGGUUCAACUGUAAAGCGCUCCCCUCAUUUUGUCAGAGUCACACCUGAUGGUCAUCCUUAAUGAAUUAAAAUAGGACUUUAUCUAAACUCCAAGCUUAGAGCUAAAGGGAGCAGAGAGAUGAGAAUGAUCUUCAAUAAUUACUAAUAACUUUAUUUUUAGUCGCACUUUCUAUAGAUAAAGACUUUGUGAUAUAUUUUAUUUUCAAGAGAUCUAUUAAGCAAUUAAAUGAUUUUACAAUAAUUUAUUACAGUUAUUUAUUUUUAGAUAUAAAAUUCCAACAUGUUCUCUUUACUUUCUGUAUAUACUGUAAUAAGCAAAGUGAGCUAAGGGAAGGACUGAAGAAUGCAGCACAUAGAUAAUGCCUUGAUGAAUGAAUAUACCACCACAGGUUACUACAUGGAGAGCAAAGAGCUCUUAUGGCAGACAUCAGGAGUUUGUCUAAUAAACCGCGAUUGUCACAUCCUUUUAUCCUUGAUGGAGGACCUAGAGAAUCUUAAAAUUGCUCAUAAAACAAUUAUUGAUUGAUGUUUCAUCGGAGAGAACAAAGGAGUAUUAACAGUAGCAUAAGCAGAGGAAAGUUAUCAAGUAAUCUGACUCAGUAAAUUGCUAUGGUUUGCUAACACUAGCCACCAAAAGCUACUGGUCAUACCAGACCGAGUGAUGCUGUAGCUGUAAAACCCCUAAGUGUAUUGAAUAGACUAAUGGUGCAGUUUAUCUGUAAUUAAUUCAACUUUGCAUUUGUAAGAGAAAGAAUUUGCUGUUAAUCAUUAGAGGAAAUACAUCGUUUUCUAACCCUGGAAAUAAAACUUUCAAGUAGAUUUUCAGUGAAUGAAUAAAUUAAUAAAUUAAAGAAUCGAUCUGAUUAAAAUAUUUGAUCCAUUAAUUGAUGGAGUAAUUUACUCAUUUUUAAAGUUUAUAAUCUCCUUGUUUUACUGUCCAAAUAUAUAUCAAUUAGUGAAUUGUUUUAUAUUUAAACAUUUUCAAGGCUUUUCCCCCAUAGUCCCCAUCAUUUCUACUCAAGUGACUUUAAAGAGAAGUGCACAAGUACAGUAAUCUAUCACUGUAACAUCACAUGCAGUAAUACCUCCUCCAAGACACGAAUGAAAGUUUCAUACAGUGUGUUUGCUGUCACAUACUUUUGCAUUGACUCUGUCAGACUUCUGAAUGUGAAUCAUCUUUGUGUGUCUGAGGACCCAUAACUAAACUGAUGAACGGCAUGACUAAAUAUUAUUCAUUGUGUAAAUAUAUAUUCAAAGACACAGGAGUGAGUCACAAAGAGUAGCCUAAAUAAUGUGUAAAUUGAGGAAAAAAAAGAAAAGUACUUCGAUAAUGGAUUUGACCAAAUUGUAAAAACACUUUUAAACAUCCUCUGUCAAUGCCCAUAGAUGUGCUGUAACAAAAGAAACUAUUUAUUUAGUAAUUGUUAAAGUAAUUUUAAUGAGCAUAAUGUGUCUUAAAGUUGAUUUUCAACUCAUUAAUAUAUAUGUGAAUGUGUGAUGAACAUAAAGUAAAAUGCCUUUAUGUUGUAUACAUGUGACCAAAUGAGGUCAUAGAUUUCGACGUAUGUGAGUAUAAAUAUUUGCUGUACGUAUGUGCCUGUCAUAGAAUACAUAACCAUUUCCUGUCGUGCUGUCAUUUUGACCUUUGACCACCUUACAUCUGACCAAAAAACAGACCUUUUAAAAAUCAGUAAUGAUGCACAGGCUGUUGGAAAAAAAGAACUUUGAAUCAUUACUGUGUCCCAUUUUGGACAAUUUCUUCAUCAUACAAAAACACAAGAGACCCACUGCUCAAAUGUCCUCCUACCAUACCUGCUCAUUUUUAUGUGUAGAUAAAAGUGAAAACUGUGCACUGUGUGAGGCUAUGUCCUUCUAAUGAAUAUAAGACAAAACCUGUGUCUGUUUUGAAGACAAGGUCAGGGUGACAGAGGAGGAAAAGGAUGAAAGAAAGAGAGAGUAUGAUGUUGGAAAGCAUGAAGCUUUCAGGGAGAAGAGCAUCUGUACUGCAGUAACCUUAAUCCUAUAGUCUUGGAGCCAUAGCAAGAGCGAUGCCUUGUCUCUUCAACCACUGAAUGAUUAGUCUUGAUUAAAAGAAUUAUACAUGUUUUAUAUGUACGUGUGAUUUAAUUUUUGAUUAUUGAAAAAUGGAAAAUAAAUAAUUACAGUUGAA